AUGGGAGACAACAACGUUACCCGAGUAUUAGGGGCCAGUAACCUACAAGACAACAUCUCAAUAGAAGUUACCGUUCUUUGUAUUUGCCGCGGGGUCAUUUCUUUCCUCGGUAUCGUCAGCAACACCUUGACCAUUCGUACAUUUUUGGCCAUGGGGGUCAAGGACGGCGUGACCUUGGCCUUCUUAUAUCUCUCCGUAUCUGACCAGUUGUACCUUGUCACCAUAACAGUCGCGUCGAUUUCUUAUAUAUUUCAAAUCAUUGAAUUAAUCAGCAGUUUCAGGCUGUAUUUCCCAAUUGAUCCUUACGGUAUCAACACCUUCUUCAUCAACAUCGGUGGUGGGUUUUUCGCAAACACCAUCCUAACGAUCACAUUUCUGUCUAUAACUCGCUGCCUCAGUGUGGCGAAACCACUGUGGUUUAGAAAAAAACUCUCGUCAAAAAAGUGGACGGUGAUUUUUAUGCUAACCAGCGGUACGUCCUGCGUUUUGUCCGUUAUUCCAAUCCUCGCUUACAUGGGAAUCAUCCAGUCAUAUGACUUUAGAAUCCACACAGUCAGGGCCAUGCUGUGGAUUUCACCCUACAGAAAGUGGGUGACCUACAUUAUCUGGCCAAUCAGAGACACGUUUAUGCCCAUCGCCAUUCAAGUUAUUUUAGUCAUCUGCGCCAUUGUAAUGAAACGCCAUCUCAUAAAAGCUUCGAGUUUUCGUCAGCAACAUACUAGACUUGAUGAGACAAGCAUCGCAAAUGAUAUGAAUAAUUACAACAUAAAAGAUACUAAACUCAAAGGGAAGGAACUCCAUAUUAUACAGCAGUUACUGGUCCUGUCCGUCAUAUUUAUAAUCAGCAGCUUGCCAAAAGUCGUUCAUCACACGACUAAACUGGUGUUGGCUGAGUACGCUCUAGACGGGAGGUAUGGGAGGAUCUACGAGUCAAUGUCUGUCAUUAAAGACACCUGUCAGAUGAUCUAUUCCUGCAGUAAUAUUUUUGUUUACUACAAAUACAACUCGAAAUUUCGGAGUUUGCUGUGGAAAAAGUAA